UCUUACCGACUGCCGGGAAGCACAGUGGCUGCGGAAUUUCGAAGCUCUGAUAGUUUUUCUCGUUUUUCUCGAAUGAAAUCUUUCCACGGUUCCACCUUGCAGAAAAAUGGGCACGGAUCUUGAUCUUCUGGGAUUUACCAAGCAGACUGAGACGUUAUUACGCGGCGUGGGGGCACACGAUUUAAUAAAAGAGUUUCAAAGGAGAAACAUAUCAACCGACGCGUUGCAUAAGUUAACCAAGGAGGAUUUUGUGCAACUUGGUGCUGAUAAAGAUCAGGCAGAAAAUAUAGUCAAUGCUCUAUGUAUCUCCAAGAAAAAGACAUACAGUACAAAGGCGAAACCUCAUCACAGGAUAUCUGAUAAGGUGGAGAUACUGCAGCUGGGUGAGAGACAACUCAGUAUAAUUCAAGACUUUGUGAAAUACUGCCGAAUGAAGUUGAGAAAAGAAAGAAUCAACUUUUUUGUCGAGCCAGAUAAGGCUUUGAGUGCUUCUCAAAUUCUGUGUUUGGCCGCCGACGCCGCCCUUAAAGAAGUCGAUGAGGCUGAGUUAAAGUUGAAAGAAUUGGAAGCUGUGAUAGUUACGAUGGACGGCGGAGCGUACGGCGGCGGAAAGGCCGGGGCCCCUUUCGAUCCGAUCGCGUUCGUCCAGCGGCCGCAGGUCAUUCUGAGAGCGGUAUGCCUGGUAAGUCGUCGCCAGCCUCCCCGUGCGGGAUCGUUUCAGGCCGAUUCGAGCGUGAUUGCGACGACGAUUCUAUUUGCAAUAAUCGUCUUUGGAUGUAUAAGCAGCAAAGGUUAUCUUCCAAAAGAAGAUGGGAAAGAAGUUUGUCUUUACAAUGACGACAAUAAUGCGUGCAACUAUGGAGUUGGUAUCGGUGUACUGGCGUUUUUGGCCAGUAUCGGAUUCCUUGCGGGUGAAUACCUGUUUGAACAAAUGUCGUCUGUCAAGACUAGGAAACAUUUUGUUCUCAUAGAUUUGGGUUUCUCGGGUUUCUGGUCUUUCCUCUAUUUCGUGGGAUUCUGUUACUUGACAAAUGCAUGGAAUAAAUCUCGAAGACCAACGGAAGGAUACGGCGUGAAUAAUCUACAAGCGGCUAUCGCAUUCUCAUUCUUUUCCAUCUUUACUUGGGCUGCUUGUGCUUGGUUCGCGUUUCGAAGAUUUAAGCAAGGUACCGACGCAGCAUUCGCUCCAAGUUACGAGGCGGAUCCUGUCGGUGGAACAGGAUACACAAGCUAUCCUGACGCCACUGACACCGCUUACCAAGAACCACCGUUCGGUCAGCAACAACAGCGGGGUAUGGGUGACUUUCAAGCCCCAGCUUACUAAAUCAUCCAUAGUCGAUACCAAAAUGUAUUUCCAUUGGGUGCACAGCGAACUACUUACGAAAGAAGAUGAUUUAGGAUAAUUUUUCAGAACAAGAUAUAUUGUUUUCCACCGCCUGUUUUGCUUAAAGACUAAAGAAGAACUUCAUUCGCUGAUAGGUCGCUGGGCAGCACGUUGGUCAUAGAGUAAGUUUUCAUGGCAAGAUGUAGAAGGAAGUUAUUUGUUAAACUGUGCUUCUUAUUGUUGACCACUUGUAAGUUACACUUAUCCAUACGCCCAAUGUCACAAAAAAAGCGUUAGGUGUGUUUGAAGUCAUAUAUACGCCUGGACACACGUUACGAUGGUGGCUAUCUGACUAUCUAUGGGAAGUAAAUAUAAUAUCUUAUAAUGAACAACACUAUAGCAAAACUCCAUAAAUAAGUAAGAAACUAGUACAUGCACAGGCUAUGUAUAUUUUAACGUUGUAACGUGUUCAUGGUAAACGCGACUUAAAUAUAACAGUAUAUAAUACAAUGCGUUGCAUUAUCGUGCAAAUAGUAUUAAACGAUGUACACGAAGUCUAGGAUUGAAAUGAAUAAGUUGUCGAAUAAGUCGAUACGUGUUUUAAUAUUAGUGAGACAAUACCUAAGUUAUUUAAGUUACUUGUCGCAUCAGUUGCAAGAUAAUGAAAUAUUUCUUACAGAAUAGCAUUAGCAAAUGUAAUUGCACUUAUAAAUCGUAAACCAAAGUUUUUAUUAAUAUAAAUUCAUAUAUAUCCAAAUUAUAAUAGCUUUAACUUAUACAUAAAUUGUCCGCAAUGUUAAUUAUUGCUAUAUUAGAUUUUUGUAUUUGAGUCGCUCUAUAUGUUAAUUCAUUAACACGAAGGGAAAAGAUUUAUAAAUGAACACGAGGAAAGGAAGUUUGUUUUUAUUGACUUUUUAUAUUUAAUAUUUCUUUACUUUUCGAUAAGUAUUUAUGGAAUCUCAGGGGAACAUAUUUUCAAUUAUUUAAAAUAUUUAUUUAUUUAAUUAAUUAUUUAUACUUUAUUAUUUAUUAUGUAAGGUGGAUGUAAAUCUCAAUUUGAAAAAGUCCUGCAUUACUGAAAAUAUAAAAUUACUUUGAUUGAUAAUAAUGAGCAUAAGUGUUAACAGAAAAAAAUAUAUAUGAUGAUUUUGAGUUUAAUCAUCCUGGAGGCACACGUUACAUCGAAUAAUAGAAAAUAGCAAUUUUGAAUUGAGAAAUUGAGCUUUAUCUUUUGUUUAGAGACUUCAGAGCAAAAUAAAAGUCUUAUGAUAUUGUACUUAUGAUAUUAUUUUUAAUUGAGUUUAAAGCAUUUAUUUAAAUAUUCUUUUGUCAUAUGCUGUAUUAAACAAUGUGAACGUUCGUAGAAACUUAUGCAGUAAUUUAGUAGUCUAAAAAUAUUCGAGAGAAUUAUACAUUCUAGGUAUGUGUGAACUGUACAGUUGAGUAUAAGAGAUUCUUUAACUUCCGUUCACGUAAAAACAUGAUUUUUAUAGAUAUUUGCGUUUAUAGCUUUCCGCCGAUCUUUCGAUAUAUUUAGUUUGCGUAACUCUCUUGAAGAGAAUACACCUAUGAUAAGGUAUCCUGAUAAUUUGGAAAACAUAAUUUGUGUAAAAUAUUAUGUAAAGUGCAUUAAUAAUAAUCAUUAUAUGUAUUCUCGAUAGUUCUGAAAAUAUCAUCCCUUUGAACAUGCAGGAUUAAUUGUGAUAAGAAGAAAUAUUUUUUUGACAUUCGGUUGUAGUAUUUUACAUUUUCUUUUCUUUAUGAUUCGCUAGAAUAUGCAUAUUCAAGGAGUUGAAUUUUUAGAAGUACACUUCUCAAAAUUGAUCUCUCACCUUUAUGAAAUCUUAGUCCUUCUAAGUACAUAGCUAAUAACAUUGUUGACUAGUAGCAUGAUAUGAUGAUGGACAGCUCAAGUCCAUCGAGAAGGGUUAAGGCAAUAACAAACACAGUCUAAAAUUUCGAUCUCUACCGUAUAAGAGAGGAGCAACGUGAUCAUGCUUUCGAUUUCGCCUGUGAAAUCAGAGGAAGCAGGAUACAUAACCGUACUUGGCAAAAUGUAACGCUAUUAAAAAGUAUCUACUAUUAAAACUAUAAAAGAAUAAAAACGUGUAUUAAGA